AUACCGCAAUAACCGGUUGUUCAGGUAUUUCUUACCGUUUUGUGACGUCAUCGCUGACGCAGUUGUUGUUGGACGUGAAACGUGAAAGAAAAUUGUUUUCAGUAAGCCGGCUUUUUUGUUUCUCGUCAAGGAUUCGGUUCCGAGAAAUUGACGACUCCACACAAGGCAGCUGGAUAUUUGGUCUUGAGCGGUAGCAAGAUACACAUUUUGGUGGCCUAAAAUUUUCAGCAACAUGGACUCGGCACAAAUUAGCAAAAUCUUCUUGGAUUUCCAAGAAUUCAUCAGUCAAGAACAGGAUUUGAAAGAGCAAAUUCGUGGUGUGAUCAAAGAUCUUGAGCAGCAAUCAAGAGAGAUUUUGAUGGUUUUGCAGGACAUUCAUCAAAAUCCAGCCCAGAGUGAUGUUUUGGUGUGCUGCGAAAAAGCACGAGGCUUCUUUGGGCAGUUGAAGGAAAAGUACUCAGAACUUGCAGCUAUUGUGCCUGCCAACCAGUUCUACCACUACAAUGACAUGUGGCGAUUUGUGAACCAAAGACUGACUUUUCUGAUCUCACUCACAAUUUUCCUGGAGACUGGAAAACUUGCUAGCAGAGAGCAAGUUGCAGACAUAUUAGGCUUGGAAAUUUCAAGGGAGAAAGGGUUCCAUUUAGAUCUGGAGGAUUAUCUGACUGGACUUCUGCAUAUGGCAACUGAGUUGGCGAGAUUUGCCACCAACAGUGUCACAAAUGGCAAUUAUGAAAGGCCCAUUGAAAUAUCAAAGUUUGUAUCUGAGUUGAAUGCUGGAUUCAGGUUGCUUAACCUGAAGAAUGACUCUUUGAGAAAGAGGUUUGAUGCUCUCAAGUAUGACGUCAAGAAAAUCGAGGAGGUCGUCUACGAUCUUUCCAUUAGGGGUCUUCGUCCAUCACAGCCGACUGAAUAAGUCGACCAUUUUCUAUUCAAACUACCAUUUUUAUUUUUUCAAAAUAAAGUUGCUUCGUUGCACUUUUAGUACACAGUA